AUGGAGCACACAGACGCUUCUGAGCUGUACAGCUCUGAGGAUGAGAGUGUCUCUUUGUCUGGAAGUGACUUUGAGUUCCAGUUGAAAACCUCCAAGAGAAAACUGUCCACAACAGGACAGGCAACAACGUUUUCUAAGAGGGUUCAUCAGUCGGUCAGCGGUUCGAGCUGCAGUGAGCCACAGACACCAGAGAACACACGGCGCAACAGACACGUAGCUGCAGGUCAUCUGUACGAGGCCGUGAGUUCGGGCCGCAGUGCUCUGCCGACGGUGGUUGAUGAUUGGCUGGAUGAUUACAGAAGAGACAGAGAGGCGGGGCUUCUGGAGCUCAUCAACUUUGUUGUUCAGUGCAGCGGCUGUAAAGGUGUUGUAAGCAGAGAAAUGUUCAACCGUCUACAGAACGCUGAUAUAAUCAGUCAACUGACAAACGAAUUUAACGAGGACUCUGUCAGUUAUCCUCUGGUGUCGGCGGGGUCACAGUCACGUAUCUUUCGUGAGAGUUUGUGUGAGUUUGUGUCUCUGUUGAUACGCGGCUGUCGCAACAGUCUGCUGUACGAUGAUUUUCUCUUCGCAUCGCUCAUCGCGCUGCUCACGGGUCUAGCAGAUUCACAGGUCCGUGCGUUCAGACACACCAGCACGCUCAUCGCCAUGCGAUUGAUGUCAUCUAUAGUGACAGUCGCUGCAGAAGUGAAUGCUCAAGCCCUGAUGACUCAGAGACGCUGUGACCUGGAGAAGAACAAACGAGCCGAACACCGAGCCAUAGAGAGAGUAGAAGAACUAGAGAACACUUACAGACAGCUGUUGGAGCAUCAGGAGGACUUGCGCUCUCUAAUGAACGGAGUCUUUAAGGGGGUUUUUGUUCAUCGAUACCGUGACAGAGUUCCAGAAAUCCGUGCAGUGUGCAUGGAGGAGAUGGGGGUGUGGCUCCGAGAAAAUCCCGCCUGUUUCCUCAACGACGAACAUCUCAAAUAUGUAGGCUGGAUGCUGCAUGACAAGCAGGCCGCUGUGCGUUUGCAGUGUGUGUUAACAAUGCAGAAACUAUAUGAGGAGAAGGAUUUUAUUGGCCGAUUAGAGCUCUUCACCAACCGCUUUAAGCAACGGAUCCUCAGCAUGAUUCUGGAUAAAGACUCGGAUGUUGCUGUAGAGACGGUGAAGCUGUUAUUGUUCAUUCAACAGAAGACGGAUGAUGGUCUGACUGAGGAGGAGUGUGCUGGCGUGUUUCCGCUGGUGUUUGCCACACACAGAGGACUCGCCUGUGCAGCCGGACACUUUCUCUACCACAUGCUGUGCAGUGUGUUAGACGGGGAGUCAGACAAACACAGUGUUUCCUUCCUCAGUUUACUCGCACGCUUCUUCAUUGAGAGCAAGUAUCAUGAACAUGCAGCGUAUCUGGUCGACAGUCUGUGGGAUGUUGCCGGGGCGGAGCUAAAAGACUGGGAGGUGAUGACAUCACUGUUGCUGCUGGAAGGGGGUGUGGAGGAGGGGCUGGAGAGUGCUUUGAUUGACAUUAUGAUGUGUGCAGUGAGACAGGCUGCAGAGGCCACACCCCCCACCACCCGUUCCCAGAAGAAGAAUCUGACGAUGAAGGAGAAGCGUCUUCAGGCACAAGAGAGGAAACGCAUCACAAAUCAUUUCAUCCCCGUGUUGCCACAGUUACUGGCUAAAUUUUCAGCAGAUGCUGUGAAGUUGAGCUGUUUGCUCAAAGCGCCACUGUAUUUUCAGCUAGAAGUGUUCAGCACGUCAGGACGUCUGGAGAAAUGUCUGGACCUGUUGUUGUCUCAGUUGUGUGAUACUGUACUGAAGCACACUGAGGAGUGUGUGUUAGAGGCGUGUGUGCGUGUGUUGUGUGUGUUGUGUUGUGACUCUUACACUUUCUCUGGUCGUGUUGAAAGAGCCGUCAGUCAAUUACUGGAUUCUACAGUGGAGAAAUUUACCACAAACCUCACUGAAAUACUGCAGGAUUUAGCUGAUGAAGAUGAUCUGUACAGAGCUGCUUCCUCUCUCAACAUUAUAGCUGUCUUCAGCAGUGCCAGAGAUAUGACUGGAAGGAAUCUGUUUGAGUUCUGCUUCCAGCUGCUGAAGAUGGGAGUCGAGUCAAGAGAAAUCGAUCAGAAGCUGAUGGUUCCAGCUCUUAAAUGUGCAGUUUUCCAUCUGUUUUGGGAAGGAAAGAAGAUCACACAACACACUCAAACAAACAGGUUGCGUAUGUACACGCAUGGAUGUGCUAGAAAUACAGACGAUGAUAAAUAUGGUGUGAAUAAUGUCGUUACAAUCAGACGUUUUUAUAACAUUUCUAUCAUGUAUUUGUGUCUUUGUCAGGCUGAUUUGAAGCGUCUGAUGAAGUUUCUUCACUCUUUGUGUGUUGUGUGUCAGAGCUGUCUGUCUGUACCUCAGAGUCACAUCAGAAACCAGGCGUUUGUGUGUUUGUGUGAUGUGCUGCUGGUGUUUGGCCGUUUGUGUGAAGGAGACGGAUCUCCACUGCAGUGUUUCAGUCCUGAUGAGUCGCUCAAAGCAGAAAUGGCCUCUUUCCUCAUCGACUACGUCUUCACUGACGAUGACCUCGCUGGUGAGGAAGAGUGUGAGGAGAUGAAGAUGGCUGCUCUGCUACAGAAGAGGGGUCAGUUAGCUGGUUACUGUAAACUCAUUAUAUAUGGAGUUCUGGAGCUAACCGCUGCUACAGACAUACUCAAAUACUACAAUAAGUUUUACAGGGAUUAUGGUGACAUCAUCAAAGAAACCCUCAGCAAAUCCAAGAUAAUCAGUUCAGUGGGGAGUGCCAAGACUGUGUGUUUGUGUCUGCAGCAGCUCUUCUCUGGGUUGAAUCAAGACUGUCGUGAUGAGGAAAUGACAGAGAUCAGACUUCUAGCAAAGAAACUGGCAAUGAACUUCAGCAUCAACCUGCGACUCAUCCGCAAACCUCUGCUGGCAUUACACCAGGACGGCAUUCGUUUUGCGAGUCAAGGGCUUCAGAAUUUGACUUUUCUGGAGAUUCUCAGUGAAUUCAGCUUCAAACUUCUGCCACCAGAACGCAAACAGCUGUUGGUGUGUGUGCAGCAGGUGUGUGCUGGUGUUAGAGACAGUGAGUUUGUGAGGAUGUAUGAACGAUCUCUAACUUCAGGAUCCAGAAAAACUCCAGCAGAACCAACCACAGCAUCAUCAUCAUCACCUGAAACACCCCAGACCAAACGCAGACGCACAGACAGUUUGAUCAGUCGUGUGGAAACUCCUGCGUCUACAGUUGCGACAUCACACACACACCACUACGACACGGAUGAUGACUUCACAGAGGGGUCUGUGCUGAGGAAGGGCGAAACUCGUAGCAGACGGAGUCCAUCUGCUCAGAGCAUCCAAUCACAUCUCAGCACGCUGUCUCUCAUUGAAGAUGGUUCAGAUGAGGAAGAUCCAGUGAUUGAGGAUUAUGAUGAUGAAGACUCUGAGACUGGCAUCACUCUGCCAUCCACUCGUGACUCUGGAAGCUUCCUGGAGGAUCUGUUUGAAUGAAUGCAGGAUGGGUGACACACUGAAGCACUUGGACACUAUGGGAUUUUAGUAUAUCUAUUAUUUGAUGUUUGUAAAACCAUUGUUAUGUUUUGUUGUUUUUACCGCCCAUGUUCCCGCAGCGGAUUCUGAUUGGUUCACACUAAAAGAGCACGUCAGGUGCAUGAGAAACAUUUGUUUACUUUCAUGAUGGUUCAAUAAGACUGAUGUUGUUUACAGUCUGUUACAAUGACAGGUUUAAUAGGAGCCCUGUUUCAUGUAUAAUUAAGUGUCUUGAGUAUUUACUGCUGAAUUGUCUGUUGGAUUCAGAGAUGGAUAAAUAAAUGUUA